AUGCUUGGAUUUGGUCGUCCUCGCCUCAGACAUAGAAAGUCGGUGAUUGAAUUUAUAACUGGCAAGAGCAUCGACGACCUUGCUAUCGUCUCAGACCUCAAAUAUCUCCACCUCCAGCUUGGCCUCCCCAGUCUUAUCGAAGACGAGCUUGACGAGGGAGAGCUUGCGGGUCCCAGCUCUGACAACAGCUCUUCCGUCUUUGCCUUUCCACAACCACUCCAGACCCUGCACACAACUGCUCGCACAUACAGAAGGAUGCCUGCUUCAAAAGAGAGUGGUAUCGGCAGCGACCACCAGAAUGGAUCUGUCUUUUCCGUCUCUGGUCCGGUCAUUGUCGCCGAGAACAUGAUCGGUGUCGCCAUGUACGAGCUCUGCAAAGUCGGCCACGAUGAACUGGUGGGUGAAGUGAUUCGCAUAGAGGCCGACAAGGCCACGAUUCAAGUUUACGAGGAGACUGCUGGUGUCACUGUCGGAGAUCCUGUCCUGCGGACUGGCAAACCGUUAUCUGUCGAACUGGGCCCUGGUCUCAUGGAAACAAUCUACGACGGAAUCCAAAGACCGUUGAAGACCAUCGCUGGCAACACAAACAGCAUCUACAUCCCCCGCGGUAUUGCCGUUCCUUCCUUGGACAGAAAGAAAAAAUGGCCCUUCACGCCAACCAUGAAGGAGGGAGACCACAUCAGUGGCGGCGACGUUUGGGGCAAGGUGGUCGAGAACAGCCUGGUCAAUGAACACAGAAUCCUGUUACCUCCAAGAGCCAGAGGCACGAUCAAAAAGAUUGCUCCCAAGGGCGAUUAUACUGUCGAUGAGCCUCUGCUUACAUUGGAAUUCAACGGCGAGACAAAGGAGUACCCGAUGAUGCACACGUGGCCCGUCCGUGUUCCCCGACCUGUCAAUGAGCGUCUACAAGCCGACUCGCCCUUCAUCGUCGGACAACGAGUCCUCGACGCCCUGUUCCCUUCAGUCCAGGGAGGCACGGUGUGCAUUCCUGGUGCUUUUGGCUGCGGCAAAACUGUCAUUUCUCAGUCUGUCUCCAAAUUCUCAAACAGCGACAUUAUAGUCUAUGUCGGUGCCAUGUAUACAGGAGAACGAGGGAACGAAAUGGCUGAAGUCCUAAUGGAUUUCCCGGAACUCUCUAUCACCAUCGAGGGUCGGAAAGAGCCCAUUAUGAAGCGGACCUGCUUGAUCGCCAACACUUCCAACAUGCCCGUGGCAGCACGGGAAGCAUCCAUCUACACUGGCAUCACUGUGGCCGAGUACUUCCGAGACCAAGGCAAGGCCGUGGCCAUGAUGGCCGACUCAUCCUCCCGAUGGGCUGAAGCUUUGCGAGAAAUUUCUGGUCGUCUUGGAGAAAUGCCUGCGGAUCAAGGUUUCCCGGCCUACCUGUCUGCCAAACUAGCCUCGUUCUAUGAACGUGCAGGUGCAGCCAUCGCUUUGGGCUCUCCGGAACGCAACGGCAGUAUCUCUAUUGUCGGUGCCGUCUCACCCCCAGGAGGCGAUUUCUCCGAUCCGGUCACCUCUGCCACCCUAGGUAUCGUCCAAGUCUUUUGGGGCCUUGACAAGAAGCUCGCGCAGAGAAAACACUUUCCCAGCGUCAACACCUCCCUCUCAUACAGCAAAUACACCAACAUCCUCGACAGGUUCUACGCGAAAGAUCACCCUGAGUUUCCCCGUUUGCGGGACCGUAUCAAAGAACUCCUCACAAAUUCCGAAGAUCUCGAUCAAGUGGUCCAACUCGUAGGUAAAUCGGCCUUGGGCGAUUCCGACAAAAUUAUUCUCGAUGUCGCAGCCAUGCUCAAAGAUGACUUCCUUCAACAAAACGGUUACAGUGACUACGAUCAAUUCUGCCCACUUUGGAAGACGGAAUACAUGAUGAAAGCGUUCAUGCAAUUCCAUGACGAGGCGCAGAAGGCCGUGAGCAGUGGGUUGAGUUGGGCGAAAGUGAGGGAGACAACGUCGGAGAUCCAGCAUGGACUGAGGAGUAUGAAGUUCGAGCUGCCUGAUGACCAAGAGGAGGUAAGUGCGAAGUAUGACCGGCUGUUGCAGCAGAUGAGUGAGAAAUUUGCGAGUGUGAGCGAUGAAUGA